AUGAAUCCAGUCAGAGUAUUUCCAUUGAAAUCAAAUGAAUAACAAAAUACUCAAAGUACUUCAAGUUCACCAUAGUUAAAGAAAAAACAGACUCCAAAACUAAUUGAAAAACCAUUUCUUUUAAAUAUGUCUCCCAUAUUGUAAAAUAAUUAAAUUUGAUUUAAGAAACGGGCAAUCUCCAAUUAAGGGCAAAUUUAAUGUGAAACGUCUCAAUGUAAAUCCUAAACAAGAAGACAAAUUCUAAUUUGUAGCUAAUAAUACGAUUUUUCAUAGACCCAAUAAUAAAGGCCAUCAUAGUCUACUAGUUCAUCCCCAAUAAAGAGAGUAAUUAAUGGAGCAACCAAAAUAGAAGUAUUUAUAAUAUUUAAAUAGUCAUAAUCUCCAAUGAAAUUACCUAAUCUUCGAAGAGCAGAUACUCAAUUAAAUAACAAUAUAUAAAUCAAGGAUGAGACUAUCUAAGAGAUGAAAAGUUCAAAAAGAAAAGAUACAACUACAGAUGGAACAUCUACUGUAAAUAAUUUGGUUAAUUAAUUUAGUAAUAAAUUAGAGGAUCAAUAAUCAAAUUAAUAUCUGAAUCUACUCCUGAUACUAGACCCUCUAUAUCAAGAGCUAAAUUGGGUUCUUAAACAAUAGAACAAGAUAUUAAAACUAAAGCUUCUAACUAAAUUGUAAUGUUACAUGGUAGAUCAACCAGUUAAGCUACAUUAGUAAAUACAUUUAUUCUAGAUAAUGAAAUGCAAGAUUAUGUUAAUUUAUUUUAUUCUAAGUAUUAUUAUAUAAUUUAUAAGAUCCCAAGCUGGAUAAAAUGGAUAAGGAUAAACUAAAACUAAUUAAGAUAGUAUAAUUGUUACUAAUAAUUUGGGUGGAAUUAAAAAUAGAUACAUUUUUUCUGUUUGUGAUGGUCAUGGUGUUUAUGGACAUUAUGUUUCAUAAUUAGUUAAGAAAUUGUUACCAAAUAUCAUAGAUUAAUAAAUUAAAUCAAAUAUUGGUAUGUAAGAAAAAGAUAUUGGUGAAAAUCAUUAUAAUAGUAUUACUAAAGCAAUGACUUAAAGCUUUUUGAAAAUGCAAAAAGAUUUAUCAAAUUGUGGUAUAGAUAUUACAUUUAGUGGAACAACAUGUUCUUUGGUUUUGAUUUCUGGACCUCAUUUAUGGUGUGCAAAUAUAGGAGAUUCAAGAUCAGUAAAUUUUGAUUUAAAUUAUAAAAUAGAUUUUAAUUUAGUAAUAGAAUAAUUAAAAAUGGAAAACAAUUGAAUUAAGUAAUGAUCAUAAACCAGAUUUACCUAAUGAAUACAAAAGAAUAAUCUCAUCUAAAGGAAGAGUGGAACCAUUUAUUAGUGAAAAUGGAGAAAUGAUUGGUCCACCAAGAGUUUGGUUGUUAAAUGAUCAAAUUCCAGGAUUGGCCAUGAGUAGAUCUUUUGGAGAUUAUGUAGCAUCAACUGUUGGAGUGAGUUGUGAACCUGAAAUAAUUCAUUAUAGAAUGAAUACAAAUUUUGCAUUCUUAGUAGUAGCAAGUGAUGGAGUAUGGGAAUUCUUUUCUAAUGAAGAAAUCUAAAAGAUAGUUGUUUAAUAUUGGCAACCUAAUAUGACAGCUAAAAAAUUAAAUGAGAUAUGCGAUCAUAUAGUCAAACUUUCUACUUAAAGAUGGCAUUAGGAAGAUGAAGUUGUAGAUGACAUAUCAAUUGUCAUUGCUUAUCUCUAAAAAACAUGA